AUGUCUGAGAAAAAGAGACUAUCAGUAAAGAAAAAUAAAGAAAGUCAAAGAAAAGCUAUUUUGAAAUAUUUUCGUGUAGAAACACAUUCUACAGGUACUGAUUCUGCUACUGAAAGCGGUAGCGGUGUGAGUAAAAAAUCUAAAGUAAUAGUUGACGAUAAAACUGUUAAUAAUGCUAAUAUUUCAAAUCAACAAAAUGAAGUUGUAAAUAUCAAUCAAAACCAAAUUUAUCUACCUGAAGCAACUCCUGCUGUUAAUAUUUCAAGACAAAUUGAAACUGAAACUCAAAUUAGCAUAUUAUCAUCUGCAGACUACAGUGAUCCUGCAAAUUGGCCUACUCAUUUUAGUGACAAUUUUCGGCAAUUUGUUAUAAAAAAUAGACCGCAACAAAUUGAAAAAUAUAACUUUCCACGAGAUCGAGAUGAACAAAAAAAGAAAAUUUUCAUCAAUCUAUUACAAGCGGACAUUACCAAAUGGAGAAGAAGUCUCUCGUUCUUGGCUUAUAUAUUCAGUUUCAAAAAAUGUAUUUUUUGUUUAUGUUGUAAAUUAUUUGGUAAAAGCAAAAGUAGUUUGCCGGCUUUAGAAGGUUCAGGUUUAAACGAUUGGAAGAAUAUUGGAGCACUUCUUUCUUCUCAUGAAAAAAGUUAUUCACAUCUCGUAAAUUUUCAAAUGUGGAAAGAACUUGAUAUACGUUUAUCUACAGAAAAAACCAUUGAUCAUAUUAACCAACAAAAAAUUAAUGAAAAAGAACAAUAUUGGCAACGAAUUUUAGAAAGAUUAAUUGCCUUAGAGUACUGGCUACGCAAAACUUGGCAUUUCGUGGAACAAAUGAAAAGCUUUACAAUAACGCCAAUGGUAAUUUUUUAA